GCAUGGCUGUGUUUGGCACCAGCAUUAACAGGAUUAAGAUAACGUGUUCUGGGACCUGCAGCAGGCAGGAUCUGGUUGAGAUCAGUGCUGACGUUGACAUGUUGAAAUCUUGAAAGCUCCCUGGGAUCGUGGGCAGCUGAGCGCAUAGAAAAAGUGCUUUGAUACUUUUUGGUGCAGCUCUGAGCCUUGUUUUGUUUGUCCUUGGUUUUGUUUUUUUUGUUCUUGCUUUGAAUGAUAGGGGCAGCAGGCCAAAACAAACAACACUUUAUUACAAAGAACACGGCCAAGCUCGACCGAGAAACAGAAGAGCUGCACCAUGACAGAGUUCCCCUGGAGGUGGGCAAAGUGAUCCAGCAAGGCCGACAGAGCAAGGGCAUGACACAGAAGGACUUGGCCACAAAAAUCAAUGAAAAACCACAAGUUAUUGCUGACUACGAAUCGGGAAGAGCAAUCCCCAAUAACCAGGUUAUGGGCAAGAUCGAAAGAGCCAUUGGCCUUAAACUGCGGGGGAAGGAUAUUGGAAAACCGCUGGAGACUGGCCCCAAAGGGAAGUGACAACAAAGCCUCGAAAUCAGUUUGUUCAGACUGAUCUCGUCUGGCUGGUUCUCCUUAACCACCAGAAUCUCUCUUCGUGUUGCCAAGCUGAACAAGAGGGUUUCAGACUUGCUUUGGGGGGGAAAUCUGCUGAAUCUGUACCUGCUGUAAAAAGGCAACCUUAAAGAAGCGAUUUUCCUGAUUUUGUUUUUCCUUCCUCCUUUCCAGAGAUUGAGGAACUAAACCCAAAAAAAUACUGCAUCUGAUUUGCCAGAAAACAUGUGCGUCUUGGUGUUUAGAAGCAGCUAAUGUUAAGGCACUUGGGGUGGUCUGAAAUGUGAUCAUUUAAUUGGAACAAUUUGGGGGACGGGUGGGAUAUAUUAUAUAUAAAUAAUUUGGGAGAGUUGGGGUUGAUCAGUGUCUGCAUUUGAAAUGAUGACUUGGUCACUGCAUCACAAUGACAUUUUUGUUUGUUCCUUCCAGCCUGUUUUAAAGAGAUCUAUAAUAAAGUUUGAUACCCUUCAGUUGCACGGGGUAGUUGCUGCACG